AUGUCGGGUCAACAAGCAGAGAAGCAGACUCAGGCCGAGACUGCUCCAAGAAUGAGUGGUAACACCAUAUCUUCAAAUCUAGCUCGUACGGAGAGUAUAAAAAAUGAGAUAGCCCUCACCGCAGACGCAAGACAAAGUAGUUUCGGAGCGGAGACCAUAAUAAAUGAAGAAGAGCCCACUGAUGAAGAAAGGAGAACUCUGCGACGUAUUGGUGAUAGUUUGCCCAUGUCCGCUUGGCUUGUUGCUAUUGUAGAAUUAUGUGAGAGAUUCUCAUAUUAUGGCUGCGUUGGAUUAUUUCAAAAUUAUGUUCAACGACCUUUAGAUGGUUCUUUGGGUCGAGGUGCUCUUGGCCUUGGACAUCGAACUGCCACUGCUCUUACCGUAUUCUUUUCCAUGUGGUGUUACUUUACCCCAAUCUUCGGUGCCAUCGUUGCCGAUCAAUAUCUUGGUCGAUUCAAGGCAAUUUGCUACUUUGCCAUCGUCUAUAUGGUCGGACUCCUAGUUCUCGUCUUGACAUCCCUACCAAUUUCACUUCAAAAUGGAGCCGGAUUAGGAGGCUUCAUCACCGCCAUUCUCAUCAUUGGUGUUGGAACCGGAGGUAUAAAAUCCAACGUCAGUCCUCUAAUAGCUGAUCAAUAUACCCGUAAACGAAUGGCAAUUAAGGUCCUUGAGAAUGGUGAGCGUGUAAUUAUCGAUCCAACCGUUACUGUCCAGCGAAUUUAUUUGAUCUUUUAUUGGUGUAUCAAUAUUGGAGCUCUUUCUCUUCUCGCAACACCAUACAUGGAACGAGAUAUUGGAUUUUGGUCUGCUUUCCUUCUGUGUUUAUGCGUUUUCCUUAUUGGAUUCGGCACACUACUUUUAGGAAGAAAGAGAUAUAUUGUUCGCCCACCAAAGGGAACAGUAAUCACCGAUGCAUUUAAAGUCAUUGGAACAAUGAUAAAGCACCGAAAACUAGACGCGGCCAAACCUUCCUAUCAAGCCGCAAACAAUAUCCCACAAUCAACUCAAUGGAACGAUCAAUUCGUAGAAGAAGUAAAGCGCGCAUUAAUAGCCUGUCGCGUCUUCGUCUUCUACCCCAUCUAUUGGGUCGUCUACGCCCAAUUCUCUAGUAACUUCGUUUCACAAGCCGGAGAAAUGAAUACCCACGGAGUACCCAACGAUCUUUCUCAAAACUUCGAUCCUAUCGCUAUUAUCCUCCUCGUUCCAGUAAUAGAUCGAUUCGUAUACCCACUAUUCCGCAAAUUGCACAUAAAAUUCCGACCCAUCUCUCGUAUCACAUUUGGAUUUAUCGUCGCAAGUCUAAGCAUGAUGUAUGCAGCCAUCGUGCAACACCUCAUCUACAAAGCCGGACCAUGUUACGGCAAACCCCUCGAAUGUCCCGCCGCCGUUCUACCUGAUGGAACAAUCCAACCCAAUGACGUCCAUUUCGCUAUUCAAAUCCCUGCUUAUAUCUUCAUCGGUAUAUCAGAAAUCUUCGCUUCGGUUACCGGUCUCGAAUAUGCAUAUACGAAAGCACCUGUAUCGAUGAAAUCAUUCGUGCAAGCUAUGUUUUUACUCACUAAUGCGUUUGGAUUCGCGCUAUGUCAGGCUUUUAUUCCUUUGGUGGGUAAUCCGACGAUCCUUUGGAUGUUUGUGGGACUUGCUUGUGGAAGUUUUGGGGCGGGGAUUGUGUUUUAUUUUUGUUAUCAUAAACUUGAUGAUCAGGAGGAUGAAUUGAAUAGUUUGGAUGCUAAAGCUGAGGAGUUGGAAUUGAGAGGGACGGAUAAUGGGAAUACUAGGGAUAUGUAG